AUAUCAUCAUUAUCCUUGAGAAUGAGUACUAGACUAAUUAAGGGUCGCAAAAAUAUUCAUCUCGCGAAGAUAGAAAAUCAGAAUAAUCGACAAGUGACUUUCUCAAAACGCCGAAAUGGUGUCUUCAAGAAAGCAAACGAGCUUGCCGUUAUGAGUGGUGCUGAAGUUGGCAUCAUCGUGUGUCCACAAGGUAGCAAGCCUUACUCUUUUGGUCAUCCAAAUGUAAAUGAUACCAUCAAUAAAUAUAUUGGCGAAGAAAGGUCUCCAUCACCAUCAUCGCCAGGCAUUGAUGACAAGUAUGUCCUGAUGUUCCGAAAAGCCAAUUCUAAAGAACUUAACACAGGACUCAAUUCUCUGCAAGACCAACUGGAUUUUGCAUUAAAGUUGAAAAGCAAACUCAAGCAAAUGAAUAAGAAUGUGAAGAGCCAACAAGAGUGGUUCAAGGGUCCUAUAGAGAAGAUGAACUACACCGAGGCUUCAAUGUUGAAGGAGGGAUUGGAAGAUCUUCUCUUGAAGGUGAAGAACUAUGGUACUGAGCGUGGUUAUGGUUACGAAAAUGGAAAGUGGAAGGCUGAAUAA